UCGUUUGAACACUUCCACUUUGCCUUCGCCAAAUAGAAGAGGCGAGUUGUCAUCGAAAAUACUAAGCAUGCUCCAGGCAAUUUCCUCAGUCCGGUUUGCCCGUCGCUCGGCAGCCCUCGGUAUGCGUGUACUCUCGCCAGCUGAAAAGAGAAUGCUGGCUUCUCUGAGAGAUCUCUCCGUGAUGCCCGUGAAAGGAAGUAUUGUAUCUUUGAGAUUCGUUCUGCUUCCUAGGCUCCUCCACUUAGUGAGAAGAACUCCAUGGCCACGAAAACUUGGCCCGAUCCCUAGUCUUCCUAGAUGCUCUGGUGAACCACUUGAUAUGUUGUGUUACUUCAUCUUGUAG